AUGGCAGCGUCCCAGGACCUACCUUCCGUCCUGCAAGCGGCACAAAUAUUGCUCUCGAGAAUCUACGAAGGACGCCAUACUGUGAGCACCGACGACUUGCUGGUUGUUGAAGGUAUAUUGGCCCUCGCUUUACCCCUAGUCAGACAAUCCAUCAACGUGGCAUCUUCUGUCAAUCAGUGCUCACCCGAUAUCCUCGGUCUUAUCUUUCAAUACGUUCUGUACCAAGACUCCCGCAAAGACGACGACUAUCGUGUACGAAACAAUAAUGAUGACACCUUUCUCUGGCCUUUCUUAUCCGUCCAGCCAGUCUCCAUAAAAAGGCUCAAGACCAUCACCCACGUUUGCCAUCGAUGGCGACAUGUCGCUAUCAAUACGCCUGAGCUCUGGAUCCACUUAUACAAUCAUGAUCACGUCCCGUACACCACUGCUAUGUUAUUACGACGCUCUAAGGCGUUACCUCUCACAGUCGAUGUUGAUGAUGAAUAUCCAGAUGGACUACUGGAACUAUUUCUCUUCAGCUUGUCAACCCCACGAAUUCGACAUCUGAACUUGCGUGCUCAUGAACCCGAAGCCCCUUUCUCCCGUCGGAUGCGAACCUACACCACAUUUUCUGCUCCACAACUUGAGAUCUUGUCGCUCCAUUCCAUCUCACGGCCAGAUGAUACUCCCCAACCUUUGCUAUUCCGUGGAGAUACACGGCGCUUAUCGGUAUUGACAUUGCAAUCAAUGCAGUGGCUGCCAGGGAAUCAGUUUCCGAAUCUCACACAUCUCUGCAUAUGCUCAUUCCAGCCACGAGCAAAUGCACCCGUGGACCUGCGGGAUGUUGCCGAGUUCUUGUCUGAAUGUCCCAGACUCGAGGAGCUUGUGGUCUCGCAGUUGGCCCUCGACAUAGCACUCAACGAUGAAUUCAUAGAUGCAAUUACGUUAAGGUGUCUCCGUAGGCUUGCUCUGGGAGGCUCCCAACAAGCGAUGUCGAGGCUCACGUCUUUGCUCAUGGGGAAUGCUAGCAGGCCCAAGGGUAUCGCCGUACGCAUCUUCGGCCAACGCUCCUUUCCGCCCCAAUCCAACUUUACCUGGUUGGAUAAACCCGCUUUUGACGAUGCGGAUACCCUUGAUUUGCGAGCUAUUCAGAUAGAGGAUACGAGUCUGGUGGUGACGACCACAAACGCAUUGUCUGGUCUUCGCGUGGAAUUUCCUCAGUUCUCGCGCGGCUGGUCGGACCUGUACGACCAUGGGCCAAUCCAGUGGAGAGACUGGCCCCUGCAACAUGUGCGGGAGCUUCGCAUCACGGAUUCGUACAUUGUCCGCAAACACGGCGGCUUUGGUCUGCUGUUGUCGCUGCCGAUGUCAUUGACGACAUUGAUACUGCGGAUCGGCGAUGCCUACAAGCAUCCUCUGCUUCCCAGCGUUCUUAAAUUUCUGGCAACGCCCCAUGAUACACCCGUCGGCCUGACGCUCCUCUGUCCUGUCCUUUCUACGGUGCGAAUCUGCGGAGAAAGGCACAGCUUUGUGGAUCCUGACGUAAUUGACGACAUUGUCGCCCUCACAUCUAUCCGUGCGGCAUUGGGAUACCGCCUCGACACUCUUAUUGUUGAGUGCCACGCGGACGAUGCCCACGGCUCCGCCCUCACACAGUUGAUCAGGAUGAAGCUGUGCGUGGACGUAGUUCGGGUCGUUUCGUCAGAUGACGCUGUGCGCGCGUCUCGCUUUUCGGCUUGGCCGACUGUGUGCACGGAGUCGACACACAGGUACUGGCCGCCAUGGUAG